CCGGGUUGCGAGUGUGUGCGCGUUUGUAUGUGCGCGUGCGUCUCUUGCCUGCAGCCGCUGCAAGUCGCACCGAGCUAACAGCGGCUUUUGUGCGUUUGAUGCACCGUGAUCGACGCACCUGUGAGGAACGCCAAACCCAGCCCGGUACCAGCCUGGUGCUCGCCGCUCCGCAACAGCGGACACCUUGCUGCUUUUGACAGCAUCCUGGAUUUUAAAAACUACGGCUCUGUGGAGUUUACAGCUGGAUUUUAGCAGUUGGAUACUCUUGGUGGUCUGUUUAACUAAGUGGUAGAACUGAGAGGCCAGUGGAUCCCUUGUCAACUCCAUUUCCCAGCGGACAACAUGAAGGAGGAAAUUCCACUCACCCUGAUAUCCAGAGAAGUCCAUUCCAUCAGACCUUGCACCAUGAGUCUUGAAAACAUCUGUUCUGAAGUGUAAAAAACAUCACCACCUCCUCCUGUCCCCCUCUGUCGGUCUUCUCUGUAACCCAUAGGAGGAAAACAACAAUUCCUCCAUUACUACUGGACAUCUUAUUGAUGUGAUUGACCUUAAGACUGUUAACCACAACGACUGUUAUCUUGCUACUGCCCUUUUCCCUUUUUAAAAAGAUAUUUUUAUGAGAAAUAUUUAUCUUAAUAUACUUCGGUACAUAUUGUGGACACUGUGGAUCCCUGAAAUUCCGUGUAACCACCCUAAGAUUUCAAUCUGAUUUGAAUUCCCAUCAGACACCUUCUUGGAUUAAUAAAUUUUUUUGCAGCUAUGGAUCUUGUAGGCUUUUCUAUCAAGCUGCAAGUGUUCCUCAGCACAUGUCUGGGACUGGAAUUUUUAGGUAUACCAGGUCAGUGGGCACGCUACCUCCGCUGGGACGCCAGCACCCGCGGUGACCUCAGCUUCCAGUUCAAGACAGAGGCCUCUGAGGCGCUGCUGUUGUACUUUGAUGAUGGAGGCUACUGUGACUUUCUGCAGCUGUCGGUAGUGGAGGGGCGACUGCAGCUGCGUUUCAGCAUUGACUGUGCUGAGACGACAGUGGUGUCUGACAGACGGGUGGAUGAUGGCAGCUGGCAUUUUGCCACUCUAAGUAGGUAUAACCUGCGCACAGUGCUGGUACUAGAUGGCCAGGCCAAAGCAGAUGAAGUGCGGCCUCAGCGUCUGUUCAUGAAAAUAGUCAGCAACCUGUUCCUGGGUGGAGUGCCUCAGGAUAUCCGCAGCGGUGCGCUCACACUGCCUACCGUGCGAAACAUGCAGCCCUUCAGGGGCACAAUUACAGACCUCAAAUAUGGCAUCUCACAGCCCCUGUUCCUGGGAAGCCUUAAGGUGCCCCUAGAGUCAGAAGGGUGGUGCACUGUGAACCCAUGCGAAAAUGGCGGUACGUGUUCAGUGGUGGAUGGAGAGCCGGUCUGUGACUGUUCCAAAACAGAAUACAUGGGCCGCUUCUGCAGUGAAGAGGUCAACAAUAUGCCAGGCCUUGCACAUAUGAUGGCAGAACAAG